UUCAAUGAUACCUUGGAAUUCUGCCAUCUCUCUUCAAAUCAUCACACAUUUCUAUCAAACGAACAGGCAUAUGUUGUUUAUAUGGGGAGCGCUGGAACUGAAGGAGCACCAAAUCCAGCAGACAUGGAAGCAGAACAGCUGAAAAUGCUAUCAUCCAUCAUUCCAAGUGAGGAGAAAGAAAGGAUAAACCUGAUUCAAAGCUAUAGUCAUGCAUUCAAGGGAUUCUCAGCAAAGCUUACUAAAAAGGAAGCCAAUAUUUUGUCAAAACAAGAUGAAGUGGUAUCUGUGUUCCGGGAUCGAAUUCUUCAACUCCACACGACACGUUCUUGGGACUUUCUAGAGACUGAAUCAGGACUGGGAUCAGAAAGAGCACACCGUAGAGCAACCAAUGAUGUAAUAAUUGGAAUUAUAGACACGGGAAUCUGGCCAGAGUCACCCAGUUUUGAUGAUAAAGGAAUGACUGCAAUUCCAUCUAGGUGGAAAGGAACUUGUAUUGAAGGGUUUGACUUCAAAAGGUCCAACUGCAACAGAAAGUUGAUUGGGGCAAGAUAUUACAGUGGUCAACUUGACUCGAUUCCUUUCUCAUCAAGCAGCAGCAACGGCACUCAUAGCAUUGCCUUUACUGGAUCACCAAGAGACACAAUAGGCCAUGGCACACACACAGCCUCCACUGCUGCUGGCUCAACAGUAGUCAAUGCAAGCUACUAUGGAUUAGCCCAAGGAGUGGCAAAAGGUGGCGCAGCGUUGAGUCGCCUAGCCAUAUACAAGACUUGCUCACUUGGAGGUUGUGCUAGCUCUGCUGUGCUGAAGGCUAUUGAUGAUGCCAUUAGUGAUGGAGUAGACAUAAUCUCAGUAUCCCUCGGCAUGAGCUCAGUGUUCCAGUCAGAUUUUCUCAGUGAUCCCAUAGCCAUUGGAGCAUUCCAUGCCAACCAAAAAGGAAUACUGGUAGUUUGCUCAGGUGGUAAUGAUGGACCGGACCCCUUCACAGUGGUGAAUACAGCUCCAUGGGUAUUAACUGUUGCAGCCUCUAGCAUUGAUAGGAGGUUCCAGUCCGCCAUCAUUCUAGGCAAUGCAGAAGUUAUUGAGGGAGUUGCCAUAAACUUCUCAAAUCAUACUCGAUUGGAAUCAUAUCCUCUCAUCUUCGGCGCUGAUGCUGCAGGAGACUUUACUCCAGUGUCGGAAGCGAGCAACUGCUAUCCUGGGUCACUGGACACAAAAAAAACCGCAGGUAAGAUAAUUAUAUGUGUGGAUAGUGAUCCAUCAGUAACAAGGAGAGUGAAAAAAUUGGUUGCCGAAGAUGCUGGAGCUAAAGGACUAAUCCUCAUUGAUGAGGCCGAGAAAGGGAUCCCUUUUGACUCUGGCAGCUUUGCCUUUUCAGAAAUUGGUAAUGAGGCCGGAGCUCAGAUCCUUGAGUACAUGAAGUCUACCAAGUUUCCUACCGCCAUCAUCCUUCCAACAAUCAAUGUAGAUCAGAUUACACCUGCACCUGUUGUUGCCUACUUCUCUUCCCGGGGACCUGGAGGGCUAACAGAGUCAAUUUUGAAGCCAGAUGUGAUGGCUCCGGGAGUUAGCAUUCUGGCAGCAGCCAUGCCAAUUGCAAACAGGGAAACCACACCUGAGGGGAAGAAACCCUCAAGUUUUGCAAUAAAAUCAGGGACUUCAAUGGCCUGCCCACAUGUUGCAGGCGCAGCUGCUUUUGUUAGGUCUGCACAUCCAAGGUGGAGCCCCUCUAUGAUUAGAUCAGCUCUCAUGACCACAGCAAAGACUACAAAUAAUCUCAGGAAGACUUUAACAACUAGCUCAGGAGCAAAUGCCAACUAUCAUGAUAUGGGGGCAGGAGAGAUUAGCCCACUAAGCGCCUUAAGCCCAGGGCUUGUUUUCGACACAAAAACAGAAGACUAUUUGUAUUUUCUCUGUUACUAUGGAUACAAGAACGAGGUCAUCAGAUCACUUGUUGGCAACAGAAAGUUCAAUUGUCCACCAAACUUGUCUACUGACCUCAUCUCAGAGCUCAAUUACCCAUCCAUCUCCAUCGCGACACUCGACAAGGCAUUUGGUGGGGUAAGAACUGUGCAGAGGAGUGUGAUCAAUGUUGGGCCAGCUAACUGCACAUAUGUGGUGCAGGUCGACGCCCCUAGAGGGCUUAGUGUGAAUAUCUGGCCUGAGAAACUCUUCUUUGAGAGGAGAGGGAUGAAAGCUUCAUACCAAGUUACUUUUGAUGGAAAAAACGCAGGAAAGGGAUAUUGUUUCGGGUCAUUGACUUGGUCAGAUGGGGCUCACUUGGUUCGAACUGUGUUUGCCAUUAAUGUCAUUUGAUUUUUAUUUGAAGAUUUCUUUCUUUCUAAAAAGAACAAAAUGUAGAAGAAUACAGAGCUAGAAAAUUUCGGUAUUUGGUUAUUGUUUGUAGUUUGUUCAAAUUUCAUUUUUCCUUGGGUGCUUUCAGCAGAGCAUUGUUUUUGCAAAUAUAUUAAUUCUUGUGAUGGACAAAGCAUACAAAAAUCAUGUAGCUACAAUAUGAGUUUUAUUUUACCAACUUAGGUUACACAUGUUCAAUGGAUCAAGCUUCUAUUCCCUCAAUUCUAUUUUUGGUACUCGUUUGUAUAUUGUUCUAACUGCAAGAUUAUCCAGGCCUGUUGUUGCUAGUGUUGGUGGAAAUUAAUACUACUAAGAGUUUUUCUAAUUUUUCGGAUUAGUUCCCAAGGAUUUGGUUACUGGUAUUCGGUUGAGUUUGAGAACAUUUCAAGGAUCUAUUCAAUAUUUUACAAGAUUCUCGGCCAUUAAAGGCUACUAACCAUAGUAAAAAUCCUGUUAUGUACCAAAAAACUAAAGAAAAAGAUUACAUUCUUUUGGUUAAUCCUCUUUAUCUUACUAAUUCAAAUAGAGCUACUGCCCCUUCUCCUCUUUUAGAGAAUAUAGAAUCAUUCCCUCAAUUGCCUGAGUUGUCUCCAAAACAGUUCAAAAUGCUAAUCAUAGGUUUCGUUUGGGACGGCUUUCUUAAUACUUCUUAAAGCAGCUUUCUAGUACAAAAGAUCUAAUUUUAUA